CAAAGGUAUUAAAAAACAUUUUUUUAAAACCGGGAACUAAUAAUCGUUUAAUUGUUAAUGGCUUUAAUUUUUAUCGAAAGAUAGUAAUCAACCAAAACUACUUAGAAACAAUAAAGACUUGAUUACAACACGUCCUUAUAAGGGUAUAGGUUUAGUGCUGGCAGACGGCAAGAUUUAUGUUGAAAAAAUGACAAAGUUAUUAUCCAAUGACACCAAAUUCUCCAUACCAAUCAAUGAGAAAAACGAGACUGAAAUAAUAGAAAAGCAAAUGAUUGAAGUUCUUAAGAGAAUAAUAAAUGAUCAGUCAAUCUUUGAGCCCAUAAAACCAACACGAUCAAUAAUACCGCGAUUAUAUGAUCUUCCAAAAAGACAAAAACCUAGCCUACCUCUCAUACCAAUUCUUGAUAUGUUUGGAUCCCCUUACCACUCUAUGGAAAAGUGGCUGGCAGACCUUCUAGAACCCGUAAGAAAAUGCAAUUUGAACAUGAUACUUUCUAAUUCAUUGAACACAUAAAAGAAGUGAAUGUAAAUGACAAAAUUAUGCUAUCUCUGGAUGUCGAUCACUAUUCACUAAUGUUCCACUCACAUAGACUAUCAGUUUUAUCUGCAAUUAUGCAAAUAACAAUGCGAUUAGCAUCGGAAUACCGGAGGUUUAUUUGAAGGAACUAUUACUACGUUGCACUUGCAAUGUACAGUCU